GAAAGAGAAGAGCCGACGGAAGAAAAAAUAAAAGUAGCAAAUCCCUAAAACUCAAUCUCUAUCGGAUUACACAGCAGAGAAGAAUCAACACUUAGAAAAGACGAUGGGGUUACAAGGUCAGCUCUCGGACGUCUCCUCCGACUCAAUCCCCCUCAUGCUCGUCGCUCUCCUCGCUACUCUCUUCAAACACCUCCGCUCUUCCUUCCUCCGCUUCUCCACCUCCGCCGGCACCGUCGUCGAUGAUGCCUCCGCCUCUUCCUCCGUCUACUCAGAAGGACUCGCCGCCGACCAGCUCAAACUCAAUCGACUCUUCUCAUACCGCUACGACAACGCCGCCGCCGCGUCGGAUUGCAUCGUGUGUUUGUCCACGCUCAAGGGAGGAGAAGAAGUGAGGAAGCUGGAUUGCAGGCACGUGUUCCACAAACAGUGUUUGGAAGGUUGGAUCCAGCAUCUCAAUUUCAAUUGCCCGCUCUGUAGAUCUCCGUUGAUUGCCCCUAGAGGAGGAGGAGGAGGAUGUGAUUCGAUCGCUCUUGUCUCAGCAUCUCAUUGAAUGUUUCAGUUCUCUUAUGAGAAAAAAAAAGGGAAAGAGAGAUGAAGAGUUUGGGUGUUUUUGAUCUCUCGUUGCUUUCUCCUCUUUCUCUUCGUUUUUUUUUUUUUUUGAGGAAUUUCUCAGAUCGGAGAGGUUCUUAUAUGUUUUUCCAAAUUCUCGCACAGUGAUUUUUGAUGUAAAUUAUUAGUAUGAAAAGUGUGUUGUUAGUCAUCUCUUUGCUUAGAUUUGGGUGGUGUUAAAAAAAAAUAUAUAUAAUCAAGAGCCCGGCUUGCAUUUCUCCUGGAUUUGUAAUAUUCUGUAAAACAAAGACAAAAAAAGCUAGUGGUACUUUUUUUUUUGAUCAACUUGCA